GCUUUUCUACAGCAAAUUAGUGUAAAAUCAUAAUUCCUCUCCUUAAUACUCAUAUACUUCUAGUAGUUAGCUGGAAAAAUAAUGACAGAAAAAGGAGAAGCAUCCUAUCUAGAUUCUGCAAAGGAUGAAGAGCAAUAUGAGGAUUAUAGUGAGGGUUCAGAGAACGAACAGUAUGAAAAUCUCGACGAGAUUGACUGGACAUUAGCUUCCUCCGACUAUGCUUCCUUUGAGGCUGCUGGUUCUGCUUCAACAGGAUUACAAGCGUCUACACAGCCAAAUAGUAGAGCCAAAAUAGCAAAGGGACAGGAUCGUGUUUCAACCCUAAGCCGUUACAUGGAUCACAUGAAUGUAAAGGACCAAUUUGACGGAAGUGAAAAAGCUAGCACAAAAGAUAAAAGUGACAGAGCUACAUCUGAGCAAGUUUUAGAUCCUCGAACACGAAUGAUUCUGUUAAAGUUGAUUAAUAACGGAACAAUUUCGGAAAUUAAUGGCUGUAUUAGUACUGGUAAAGAGGCAAAUGUUUAUCAUGCUAUGAAUGAAGAAGGAAAACAUCUUGCUAUCAAAAUUUUCAAAACAUCGAUUCUUGUAUUUAAAGACAGGGAUCGUUAUGUAUCUGGUGAAUUUCGUUUUCGCCAUGGCUAUAAUAAGAGGAAUCCAAGAAAAAUGGUUAGGGUUUGGGCAGAAAAAGAAAUCAGAAAUCUGAAGCGAGUGUUUUCGGCAGGUAUCCCUUCUCCUGAGCCAUUAUUAUUAAAGCACCAUGUCUUGGUCAUGUCCUUUUUAGGUGACAAGAAAGGUUGGCCUUAUCCAAAAUUGAAAGAUGUGGAUGUCACAGCAGAGGAGGCAACAAAACUCUAUGGAAUGGUUGCUAGAUAUAUGCGUACGAUGUACCAAGUUUGCCAUCUUGUCCAUGCGGAUUUGUCAGAAUAUAAUAUGCUUUAUCACAAAGGAAAAAUCUAUUUAAUUGAUGUUUCUCAAUCCGUUGAGCAUGAUCACCCUCGAAGUUUAGAAUUUUUGAGAAUGGAUAUACUAAACAUUACCACAUUCUUCAAGCGAUUUGACGUAAACUGUUUGUCCUUACCAAGGCUAUUUAGUUUUGUCACGGAAAAAGGUAGCGUUGAGAAACAAGAUAUGAAAAACCGUUUGGAAGAACUUCGAGAGGGAGACCACGAUCCUGAUGAUGACCACGAAGAAGAAUUUCUGAAAACGUACGUACCACGAACGCUGGAAGAAGUUUACGAUAUUGAUCGUGAUACUCAAAUGGUGGAGGAGGGAAAAGCAGGAAGCUUAGUAUACCGACACUUACUGAAUACUGGUUCAAAGGAAAGCGAUGCGGAAAAUGUGAAUGACCCUCAUCCCAGCAAUGACUCUGUUUCGGUGACAGAGGAUGAAGAGUCAGACGCCUCUGAUUUGGAUGAUGACAAUGAUUCUGUCAGGAAAGAUAAGAGUGGCCGUGAAAAAGAAAGUGCAGAGGAAAAACGCGCUCGUAAACAAAAAGUAAAAGAAGAGAAAGCUGAGAAAAGGAAAACGAAGGUCUCAAAGUAUGAGAAAAAGCGUAAAAUAAAACAGGGAGGUCGUAAAAAAUAAGCCAGAUGUUUAUUCUUUUUAUUUUUUUUUACGUUUAUUUUUUGGAGGGUUUAUUUUGGAUAAUGGAUAGAGGAUAUAAUAAUACAUAAAAAUUUCAUUUGGGU